AUGUCCUUGCCGACCACCUAUGCAGAUAUGCGGGGGCGCUACCGCGAUCCAUGGAAAAAUAUACACGCGCGGCUUUCCGCACGUUCCCGCGUGACAAACCUCGGCGUCACCAUUCUUGUAUUUUUUCUUGCCGUGUCCCUGCUGAUGAACAUAAGGCGCAGCGGCAGGAUCGUGCAGCUCGUGGACUCGGCUGGCUCGGACAUGAUCAAGUGUACGUCGAGUGUCGAAAACCUGCGCAAGUCAUUUCCGAUCGUAUACGGAGAAAAAGACGCGCUGCUCACCCACCUCGUCGUCGUCGCUGGCCAUGCGAUUUGGAAGGGCGGCGACUUGGACGGGGUGCAUAACGACGAGAAUUGGUUUUUGGAGCGGUACCAACGUGGCGGAAGCGUAAAUACCUUUGUCGAGCAUAUUAAAAAGGGGUACGUUUCUGCUUGCACGACUCACCGCAGCCUCGAAGUCGCUGUUAACGAUACCACGAGCCUGCUUGUAUUCAGCGGUGGGCAGACGCGCAACCAGGCAUGGACCACGGAAGCUGAGUCCUACUACCGCCUCGCGCUCCAGCUUCCGACGACGCUCCCGACGUGGCCGAUCAGCUCGGGCCGCAUUACAUCCAAAGCUGCGUUUGCGCCGCUGUCGGCGGAUGCACCGUCAACCAUGGCAUCUACAUCUCCGUCUGUGAUCCAGCCGGUGGAUACGCUGCCGGACCUUGCGAAUAUCCGGAUGACCACCGAGGACUUUGCUUUGGACAGCUUCCAGAAUCUCUUGUUUAGCAUUGCACGGUUCCGCGAGUACACGGGCACCUACCCUGAAAAAAUUACAGUCGUUGGCUACAAGUUCAAGGAGCAGCGCUUCAAGGACCUGCACGCCAAGGCUAUGCGAUGGGAUGCAAACAAGCUCGCCAAGGACGGCGAGAAACGCUUUCACUACAUUGGCAUUGACGACGAGCGCCAGCUGCACGCACAAGAAAAGGACAAUGCGUACAGUUUGUUUGCGAAGGAUUUGUACGGAUGCCACGGCAAAUUGCUGGACAAGCGGCGCAAGCGGAACACCAGCCGGCGCAUUCCUCCGUACAUCAACUCCGCCUAUGAAAUCGCCGGCCUCGUCGAUUGGUGUCCGGCGGACAAUGCGGGACUCCAGGGGCUCUAUCCAUACUCGCUUCCUUGGGAUCCACGGGUGCAGGGAAGUGCCAUUGGGCGUGGCGCACGGCUUGCUUUGGAGCAGAACGGCGGAAAAUUCGCUCAGGAAGAGAUUCUUGCCGAUGGGAAGAAAAUUGUCACCUAA